GCACAACUCACUCACGCCCUGCAUCCUCAACAUCUAACUCUCUAACCUCCAUAUCCCCAGUGACCACUAAGAACACCACUGCUACCGAAAAGUAGCACAUGAAGCAGUCAUAAUUCUCAGCUCAGUGCUGAUGAUCUGAGAAAUUAAGACUCCAUAGAGCUACCGUACGCAUGUCUCCCCUUACUAUUAUGUAUAAUGAAAGCUUCGGUCCAUUCCGUCACCACCGAUGACUAUCUUACGUUCUGCGAGAGGGUGGUUUUGGUCUAUACUAGAUUAGCACCCCCAAAGGAAAGCUGUGGGCAUUUCUGUUUGAUUCAUAUAUUGGGAAUCCUUUUGGUCCUCAAAGAAAGCACAUGGGCGUGAGGUCAUCAACAGUCUCUAUGAUGGAACAGGUCUUGUUACACAAUAUGGGAGCAAUUUGGAGUUGUGUUCGCGUUCUUUUUGUGGAAAUUUUGCAACGUAGUACUUAAUGUGGUUGUAUACACUGUGGUCAUGGCAACAACAUCUUACUUGAUGCAGCAGUACACCAUGAUCAGGUUGUUUUGGUGGAAAUCACCAUGCCCUUUACAAACCCCUCUGCCCUCCAUCUGUUCACCAGAAUUUCCAACAUAACUUUCUCACUUCACACCUUUAAACUCAUUUGCUUGGCCAUGAUAGUGCCCUUAGAGCUCAACAAGUUCUAUGGCUCUAUCUUUCCUUGCUUCAGUAUCUGCACGUACAUCAAAUUCAAGGACAAACAUAUUGACCUAAAAAUGUGAUUGUUCAAAGCUUGUUUAUUUCAUGCACGUGGAAGAGUGAUUGGUUUCGGCAGUGGCGGUGGUGUUAACAGUUGCUAUGGAUGUGGAGGUUGGGGAGGUAGGCAUUGAAGAGGCAGGAGGUGAGUGGGUACAGUGAUUCAAUGAUUUGAGGGGAUGAUGGAGAACGAUUUUAUUAAAGGAAAUGGGAGCAAACUCAAUUCAAGGUUUCCAAGGUAAUUGGGCCAUAUCGCUCCGGAAAAUCUUUUUUGCUUAAUCAGCUUCUCUCCCUCUCUUGUUUUGAAGGUUUUGGUGUUGGACACAUGCGAGACACAAAAACAAAAGGUAUAUGGGUUUGGGGAACCCCAAUAGAGUUGGAUAUUGAUGGAGUUAGUACUUCUGUCUUGUACCUUGAUACAGAGGGAUUUGAGAGUGUUGGGAAGUCUAAUGUAUAUGAUGACCGGAUUUUUGCGCUGGCGAACGUUAUGAGUUCUGUGCUUAUCUAUAACCUUCCUGAGACAAUUCGUGAAGCUGACAUCUCUCGUCUGUCAUUUGCCGUUGAGCUUGCUGAAGAAUUUUACGGGAGAGUGAAGGGGCAAGAUGUUGCCUUUGAACCUGCCAAACUUUUGUGGCUUAUCCAGCGUGAUUUUCUACAAGGGAAGUCUGUGCAAGAAAUGGUGGAUGAAGCUCUUCGACGUGUCCCAAAUAAUGAUGGGAACAAAAACAUUGAUAUGGUUAAUCAAAUUAGGGACUCAUUGGCCAUUAUGGGUGAUAACAGCACAGCCUUUAGCUUACCACAACCCCAUCUCCAGCGAACAAAGCUUUGUGACAUGAAAGAUGGUGAACUCGAUCCUAUAUAUGUCAGGAAGCGAGACCAAUUGAAACAACUUGUUGCUAGCAUUAUUCGUCCAAAGAUUGUUCAGGGUAAAACCUUAAAUGGAAAGGAGUUUGUAUAUUUCCUGGAGCAGAUACUUGAAGCCUUGAAUAAAGGGGAGAUCCCAUCAACAGGCUCUCUGGUGGAGGUUUUCAAUAAAGGUAUUCUUGACCGAUGCUUGAAGCUAUACAGUGAAAAUAUGGAAAAAUUGGGCUUACCUCUCUCUGAGAAAGCUCUGCAAGAUGCCCAUGAAAGGUCCAGAGUUGACGCAAUGCAAGUUUUUGAUCAGCAGCAUUUUGGACGACAUCAUGCAAAGAAAUCAGUCAUGCAACUGAAUGAAGAAAUAGAGAAGGUGUAUAAGAAUGUUAUACUGGCAAAUGAAUACCAAUCAUCAAAGCUCUGUGAGGCACUUUAUACCGGAUGUGAGGACAAGAUGGACCAGCUUCAAGUUCUCAGGCUUCCAUCCAUGGCAAAAUUCAAUGCAGGUUUCCUUCAAUGCAACCGAAGUUUUGAGUUUGAGUGUGUUGGACCGUCAAAAGCAAAUUACGAGCGACGGAUGAAGAAGAUGUUGGGGAAGUCACGAUCUCUUUUUAUUAAGGAAUAUAAUCACAGGCUCUUCAAUUGGUUGGUGGCAUUCUCCCUUGUCAUGGUAGUGGUGGGCCGGUUUAUCAUAAAGUUUAUUUUGAUUGAAAUUGGGGCAUGGAUACUCUUUAUCUUCUUGGAGACAUACACGAGGAUGUUUUGGUCGGCAGAGUCUCUUUACUACAAUCCAGCCUGGCAUUUCAUAGUUGCCACUUGGGAAACACUUGUUUACAGCCCUAUCCUAGACUUGGACAGAUGGGCUCUUCCCAUGGGUUUCAUGUUGGCGAUUGCUAUAGUAUAUUGGCGUUGUUACGGGGGAAGAAAACACGGAACUCGUUGGCUAUUACCCCUGUACAACAAUCACAAAAGUGGCCCAAAUCGGCCAAGAUCAGAUUAGAAGUGUAGCAACUGCAUGUGUGCUUGAAGCUUCUGGUAUGCUCCUGUUCAAUCACACGAUUUAUACAUGAAGCCCGCCAAUUCAUUCUUGGGUCCUCGGUAGAGAUUUUAUUGCAAAACUGUGAAGAGGCGAAAGAUGGUUGGCUGUUCUGCUAAGUGUGCACUGUAGCAUCUCCAAAUGGUUUCUGUUCUAUUGAUUAUUUCAAAGGUCUACUAUUCCACAUUUGCCAUUAAAUUACCUAGUAAAUUGGAAUGUGAUCAUAUGUUUAGAAGGGGAAGAAGAAAGAAGAAAAAAGGAUCAUAUGAAGAAAAAAAGGAGACAAUUUGUUUCAAAGGAGUAACAGUAACUAAUUGCUUCGAAAUUCUUUCUCGCUACUAGGUUACUGACAUAAAAUUAGAAUUUUUUCUUAUUCUUUUGUGAAAUAACUGUUAAAAAUAACAUCUAUUCAUUUAUUAAUUGCAUGCGUUCGAUGAAUUGCAUGA